UCAGAGCAAUGGUUGGUCAGUGACCAAGUUUUUAGUAUAAUAUAUAUUCUAAUACUUACUGAUACUCGAUAUGUGUAAGUAGCACUAUCGAGCUGUUGUUUGAUAAGAGUUGUUGGCUGUUUGGAGAUUCAGGAAAAUGGUUGCCGGAAGGAAUGAUGAAGCUAUCGCUGAGGCAUUGGCAAUGUUGGUUGGCGCCAUUGGGCAAGGUCAGCAAGCGAACCUUGGGAACCAUAAUCAGGAUGAAUUCCGUGCUUUGGGAAAGUUUCAGAGGAACAAUCCGCCAACCUUUGAAGGAGCAUACGACCCUGACAAAGCACAGGCAUGGCUGAAAGCAAUUGAGAAGAUCUUUCGAGUCAUGAAUUGUACUGACGCGCAGAAGGUGCAGUUUGGCACCCAUAUGCUUGAGAAAGAAGCUGAAGAUUGGUGGGACAACACUGUUCAGAGGUUUGAAGGUGAUGGGAUGGAGAUUACUUGGGAUCUUUUCAAGGGUGCAUUUCUGGAGAAGUACUAUCCAGAAGAUGUGCGUGGAAAGAAGGAAAUUGAGUUUCUUGAACUCAAGCAGGGUAAUGGAACCGUGGCGGAGUAUGCUACAAAGUUUGAGGAAUUGAUUAAGUUUUGUCCCCACUACAAUACUGCCGAAGCUGAGAGAUCUAAGUGUAACAAGUUUGUGAAUGGUUUGAGACCUGAGAUCAAGAAGGUUGUGGGAUAUCAACAGAUUAUCCGAUUUUCUGACCUGGUUAACAGGAGUAGGAUAUAUGAUGAGGAUAGCAGGGAAAGUGCUGCUCACUACAAGUCUUUGAAAGAGAAGAAAGAAAAGGGGCAAUUCAGAGGGAAACCGUAUGGGAAUCCUGUUGAUAACGGUAAACAAGAAGCUGGUAAUGACAAGAAGCCGAGUGGGGGAGGAGCUCCUAAUCCGGUUAGGUGCUACAAGUGUGGUGUUGAAGGACAUCGUUCUCCUGAAUGUCCCAAUUCAGAAGCAACAUGAUUUAAGUGUGGCAAGCUGGGCCACAAAUCCUUUGAGUGCCUAGAAGGUAAAACUGUGGCAUGCUACAGAUGUGGAGAGCAAGGUCACAUCAGUACUAAUUGUGACAAACCCAAGAAGGAUCCUGCAAGGGGGAAGGUGUUUGCUUUAUCUGGUGCUGAGACUACUGCUGAGGAUAGACUAAUUCGAAGUACGUGCUUUAUUAAUGGCACAUCUUUGAUUGCCAUUAUUAUUAUGGGUGUGAUGCAUUCUUUAUUUCAUUGGAGCUUGAGAGUCAGAUGAGAGAGUCCUACCCCGAAUUGUUCGUUUAAGGAAAUUUUCGAGGGCGAAAAUUCUUAAGUGGGGGAGAGUUGUAACACCCCGUUUUUAAUUAAAAUAAUGUUGGUAUUUUAUUUUAAUUAAGAUUAUAUUGUAUGGGGGUUUAAUAGGUGAUAUAUUAAUACUUUAAUGAAAUAAAAUAAUUUUUUUGUGAUGCUGAGUGUGUUUUAUGAAAUGGAAGAGAGCUAGGGGGUGAAAGUUAGGAUUAAAAAUAGAGACAAGGACUAGGAGAGAUUUUAGGAUUUUUAGUUUAGCCCUUGAGGAAUUAGGUUUAGAUGGUUUAAUAAGGAUGGGGAAGCAGCUAAAGAAAAAAAAAAAUAAGAAAGAAGAGGACGCGUGAAAGAAGGAGAAAAAAAAAAAGAAGAAGGUUGUGCGUGAAGUAGCAGGAAGAGAGGGAGAGCGGAUCGGCUUCGGAGAAUUCGAUCGGGAACGGGGAGCUGCACUCAAUCCAAAGGUAAGGGUGGGAUUUUGAGUUUCUAAUGGAAUUAUGGUGAAUGAUAUUAGGGAUUUGGGAGAUGUAGAAUUGUUUCUGUUAAUGAUGUUCUGGAAAUCUGAUUUGAAAUCCAUUGAUUUUGGGAUUCUCUUUUGUGUGAUUGAACGGGGUGAGGGCAGAACCAUAGUAUGCUAGGAGUUUUGGGUUGAGGUUCCCUUUUGAUUUUCUUUAUGAUCACGCACAUAAGGACUGUUAGGUAGCAUGCUUGUUAGGUUUUGUGUCUUGUUUGAUGAGAAACAACUUUAAUCACUUAUUUUGGAACAUAAAACGGACUGGUCAUUUUCCUGGUAUGAACCGUGACUUUCGAAGCCUUUUAGAGCCUGUUUAGAGUGCUCGAAUAAUGUUGCGUUGAACUGAGAAAGUGUAGGCCUUUGAAAGAGCUUUCUGGAGUGAUAUGGUACAUAAUUUUUGGUUGAGAGACGAGGUCUGUAAGUUCAGUUUAGUAAACCAUGUUUUUCUGCGCUCUGUAUCUGCUAUCUCUGCCAGUGAACUUCAACGUGAUUUUUUCACCUUGUUAAUGUGCCCAGAAAAUUCUUUGAUGAACUAGAAAGAGGUAAUUAGGAGGAGUAGUCUAUAGCCUUUAUUUCGAGUUGGAGUCCUUGCUCUGAUACGUAGCACUCGGGGGGAAAUGGACGCUUGUUUUCCUUCUGUUAUAAUUUGAAUUAAGUUGUUAUUUGAGAAGUUGUUUCUGUUUUAAGUUGUGGGCAAGAUACUAUGUUUUCUUUAAGUUUUAAAGACACUGGAUUCGCUGCAUAACUAUUUGUCAAAGUGAACUAGUUCAAAGACUAAUUAACUGUCACAAGAGCAUUUAAGUUUAUUUAUGAGUUCAUCUCAAAGUUUAUGUGCUAUGUAUCUGUUACAGGAGCAUUAUGAUAAUGUUUUAAGUGAUUAUGUAAU